CGAAUGGAUCUUUUCUAAGCGAGCCUUCCAAUCGCAUGAUCUCCCGUCCGAAGGAAAAGGCACGCUCCCAAAAUGCAGAUCCGCGCUUCAAGUCCAAGUGGCGUAGUAUGAAACUGAUUGCUGACGAGACUAGUGCGUAAUGUAAGCUUAAUUUAGCCGGACGUUGGACCUCAUCUUUCCAUCAUCUAUCAUUCCAGUUGUUUGCUUCACCUGGUUACACAGUCCAUUGCUUUUAUACUCGCUCUCAUAUCUACCCUGCGACUCGCGUUGGUGAUGAUCCCAAUCCUUGCAUGACCGUCUAUCCUUACCCGCGAAGAUGAUUUCAUUAUUUCAGGCCCUCCCGUCUCUCUCCGCGUCAACUGUUUCAACUGUCGUCAUCCUCCUUCUUGUCAGUUCAUACACAAUUUGGGCAUCAAGGGGCUUCCGCUUCAGUUCUAAAAGCCCUAAACGAUUGAGAGAAGGGUACCCGAUUUUUGGAGCUCUCCGUUUCUUCACUGCGAGAUGGGACUUUUUCCAACAGGCUCGAGCACAGACUCCAACAGGAAACUUUACCUUUUUUGUAGGCAAGCACCCCGUGAUUGGAUUAACGGGUGAAAAGCCACGACAAGCAUUCUUCCAGAGUCGGGAUUUGGAUUUUACUGAAGGAUAUGCUGUGCUUUUUGGACAAUCGCCGGCUGAUGCCAAGAAAGCAGACGAUGUUCAUGUGCCUGAUGAAGAUUCAAACUUUACGGGACCGGGAGGAUUCUUCAACAAGCGCAUGACCCACAUGAUCUCAAGCGCUAGUUUUGGAAGAAAUCUUCCAAAGUUACUCAAAGAUGUCCGAGGUCGUCUUGAUGACCUCAAGAAUGAUCCUACUGGGUUGACCGACCCAUUUAAAAGUAUCUACAUGACCAUUUACCAACUCACCAUGAGAAUGGUAGGUUGUGAUGACAUCGCCGAUGAUCCAGAACUGCUCAUGAAGACACUUCAAUAUUACGAGAAGAUUGAUGGAAGUGCAACCCCAAUUGCAGUCAUGUAUCCAUGGUUUCCCUCACCAGCAGUGGUCAAGCGCACAUACGCAGCCGGUCAGCUCUACAUGAUCGUGAACAAGAUCGUCGAAGACAGGGCAAAGACUGGAAAGAAGAGGGAUGACCCACUUCAGUACCUGAUUGAACAAGGAGAUAGCAUGUAUCGGAUCAUCGAGUUCAUCAUCGGUGCUCUCUUUGCUGGUCUUCUCAACAGCGGUAUCAACACAGCAUGGGUCCUGACUUACCUUGCUAAUGAUGCUCACUGGCGGUCCGAAGUCCGGAAAGAAGUCGAAAGCGUAGCUGCAAAAUACAGCACGAACAGAGAUGCUCCGCUCAUCGACCAAUUAGCCGAAGUUCCAUUUCCAGCCUGGGAAUCGGAAUUCCCACUGAUAGAUUUCUGUCUUAAAGACAGUAUCAGAAUACAAGCUCUAGGAACUGCGUUCAGGAAAAACGUCACGAAUAAGAGUAUUCCGAUUGGAACUGGUGAUGAAGUUAUUGAUCCGGGUGCGAUUGUCACAUAUCAUUUGGGUGAUGUGCAUCUUGAUCCGGAGAUCUAUCCAAAUCCCAAGCAAUGGGAUCCGUCGAGAUAUCUCCCUGAGAAAGCGGAGGAUAAGAAGAAGCCUUUUGGGUACCUGGGUUGGGGAGUGGGGAGGCAUCCUUGUCUGGGUAUGAGAUUUGCCAAGCUAGAAAACAACGUAAUCAUCGCGAUGUUCACAGCAAUGUUCGACUACGAGCUCGCAGACAAAGCUGGGAAGCCUGUCCAAGGGACACCGGAGGUAGAUUUCAAUGGCAAAUCAGCGAUGAAGCCACGCGUUCGCCCUUAUGUCAAAUACACAAGUCGAGAUUGAGAAAAAAUAGGUGGAUUCUUGUUGGCGUUGGGGUACGUAGAUUUAGUGUUUGGCUUACAACGACCGGACUUGUCGGAAGACUACUCUUUGGUAAAGGUCUGGUGGAUUUAUGUUUUGAUAAUGUACUUCUUAAGGGCCGCUUCCUAAUUCAGCUCUUUGCAUGUAUUCGCAGCUUCUUAUUGGAGAUGGCUCUGCGUUCACGUGGGCGGCUGUUUAAGGUAGCUGCAGACGGUCUCUAGCCUUUCCUAACUUCACAACACUCAAUCUACUCUUGAAC